UCACGUGACUGACGCAGCCGGCUGACGCACUGGUUUCAUAUAUCCCGGGCUAGAAGAAAGGUAUUUUCUCCUGACAUUUGGCGCUGUGCUCAUGCGGCGCAAGGAUUUCAAUGGUGCGAAUAGCUAGUUCUUUAUAAAUCGCAAUAAAACUUCACUUUUCAUUCAAAGCUAACUAAGUAUUUUAUUUUUAUACUGCCUUCUGUUUUUUAUACAACUGUGAUGCCGGCUAGUCUGUUCAGCAGCGAGAUUGAUCGCAGUAGGGAUUUAAUGGAGAACCAACUAAAAGUCGCGGAAUUUAGUGCGUAUAAUAUACAGACAUUAGGAAUGCUUUUAAACAACGACAAUGACUGCUUGACUACAGCUUAUGAUGGGGAACCAAGGAGCAAAAAAAGUCAAAAUACCACGGAAUGUGUACCCGUUCCUAGUUCGGAGCACGUUGCAGAAAUUGUUGGAAGACAGGGUUGUAAGAUCAAAGCACUGAGAGCAAAGACCAAUACAUAUAUCAAGACGCCCGUGCGUGGAGAGGAACCAGUGUUUGUUGUGACAGGCAGGAAAGAAGAUGUUUGUUCUGCAAAACGAGAGAUUCUUUCUGCUGCUGAACAUUUCAGUCAAAUCAGAGCUCAACGAAAAAACAACUUAAAUGGGGCCCUCAUGCCAGGACCCAAUUCUAAUAUUCCAGGUCAGACGACAAUCUCUGUUAGAGUUCCAUAUCGUGUUGUGGGGCUGGUUGUAGGACCUAAAGGUGCCACCAUCAAGCGUAUCCAGCAGCAGACCAGCACUUACAUCGUCACUCCCAGUAGAGAGAAGGAGCCGAUCUUCGAGGUGACCGGGUUACCCGACAAUGUUGAGACUGCACGCAAGGAGAUAGAGGCUCAUAUUGCAAUGAGAACUGGUGGGUCUAUGGAUUCAGCGGAUGAAGAUUUCAAUUCUAAUUUAGACUCGUAUACAAAUAAUCUCAAUGCCAUCAAUAAUGGACCCUUUUUCAAAAACGACAGCUAUUCUUACCCAUUUGCAGCUCGUGAUAGCAAUAAUGUUUUGGAUCUUCAGAAUGUCGAUAACAUUUUUAAUUUCUCCUCCUCCAGCCGAAAUGCCAAACAGAACGAUGUGUUCAACAGUGGUUUCGGUUUCAACAGUGCAUUUAGUAAUGUUUACGAUUUGGACGAUGGAUUUUGCUCACCCACCUUUGAAGUUGCUCCAGGCGCUCCUCCCAGGUGUUCUCCCUCUUGGCCAGACUGUGGCACUUCCACCCUUACCGACAGUGGUAUCUCCUUAUUCGGCGGUUCAGGCGGAAGUAGUGGAGGACUGUCUGAAAGAAGCCUGUCUGGUGCUUUUCAAGAGCUCAUUCUAUCUGAUCAUCCUCCAGCUCGUAGGAUACACAGUGACCCAGUUUCAGUACCAGAAGUAGGAGACAUACUUGCCAACAUUGGAAAUUUAGGGAACCUCUCUCUGUCUUUCUCACCCCUUGCCAGUAGCAGCACUGCUCCAGCUAGCCUGUCUUCUGGUUAUUCUGCCGCUGUUACCAAAUGCACAAGCUCUUCUUCGAGCAGCCCCAUCGAAAACCUUGCUCCAGGUAAGAAGCCCAAACGCGACUGCAUUAUCUGCUACGAGAGUGCGGUCGUGGCUGCUCUUGUUCCGUGCGGCCAUAAUGCAUUCUGUUUAGAAUGCGCUAGUCGCAUAUGCAACAAAAGUGACAAAGAGUGUCCCAUCUGCAAGCAGCCAGCCACCCAGGCCAUCCGCAUCUACAACUAAAACUUUCAUCUCUCUCCCCAACGGCAGCUUAUUUGAAAACAAAAAAAUAUAUCAUCUUCUCUCUUUCUCCUGGCCCUCUCUGUAGCCAGAGCCAAACAUUUUUUGCAUUCUCAUCUUUUUUAUCGUAAAUACAUUCUUUGUUUUGAACUAGACUUUUAAGUGUAAAAGUGUUGUUGUUCUCCAUGUCCAUAGUCACAACUGUCCCAAUAAUCAUUAUACGAACAUAUAUAUUAUAUAAUAAUCUAUUCUGUGACAGUAGAAAGAGCUGCGUAUUUUGCUGCAUCACACAAUCUUGAAUUUAAAAAAAUGAACGGAGUAUUAUAAAAGAUUAUAUUCUUUGAUGUCUAAUUUGUAUUUAUGAAGUGUAUAAAAACCCUACUUAUUCAGGUGUAUAUUCCAUAUAUAUGAAUUUUUUUAAGAAAAACAAAAUAAUGUAGUUUUUAAUUGUCAUGUGAAUGUAAUAUUUGCACACAAAUUUGGUUGCCAUUUGAUGAAGUGGAGGAAGUAAAAAAAAAUUUUUUUUAUAGUCAGUUUCACAAAAUCCUUGUUGCUGCAUAUGUAAAGUCUUUGUGAUUUUUGUGACUGUUUUUUAAACUUUCUGUGCAGCCCAAGGAAAGGCACAAUGAUUAAGCUAUUUUUUAAUAUUGUUUUAGUAUUCCUAUUUUAAUAUAUAUAUUUAUGUGGUUUUUCUGUAUAUGUAGAAAAUUUUUAAUUAUUAGAGUAAAUUUUUUUUUUAUUUUAGAGCCACUGGCUGAUAUAUAUUUAAAAACGAACUUAUAUUUGUCUAUUUUUCUGCUGUAUGUUGUUAAAUAGUUAUAUUUUUCAUUGUAGUCUUCCAGACUUUUUAUUUCCAAAUGUUGCAUUUUUUCUUCCCCUUUUGUUACGAGAAAUAUAUAUUUUCCCCCCAAUAUGUUAUGUUACAUUAUAAGUAGCUUUUAUGUCAUAUAAAAUAUAUAUAUUUAAUGAAAAAGAAAGUAUAUAUGAAACAAUUAUUUGUGAUUAUUGUUAAUGCCUGUGUUGUGUGCUGCUAUCCGUAAAGUAGAUGGAAAUCUUCGGAGCUUUUUUAAACUAACAAAAUAUGGAAAUUUCAGAUAUUGCAAUACUUGGUGCGGAAUGUGUUUGCAGUGGUAAUUAAACGUUCUGCUAUUUAUAUAAUAGCAGCAACAUGUGCUUGCUUCACCGGGGUUGGCAUGCCCCUAUAGUGUGUUAGAGACCAGCGUAGUGUUUUCGGAAAGGCACCCGAGAAGUACGUCUUUAAAUGCUCACAAUUUUACAAUAUCAGUAUUGCUACUCUUUGUAAACAGUGCUAUAAUAAUGUUGCCUUAUCUGGGGACAUUUAAAUGCUGUGUAUAAUGCCAUAUUAGUUGUAUAGCUAUGUAUGGUUUUUAAAUUUAUUUUCACUUGUAAAUUAGUCUCGAUAGCUGCUGAUGAUGAUUUUUGUUUUUAAUGUUAUAUAUAUUAUAUAAUGGGUGUGCGAGUGUCAAAACGAGAAAUCUUUUUAAAACAUUAUUAAUGUAUUAGCGAGGACAAGAUUUGUAUAAAUGAAUCAAAAAUAAAAAUUUUAUCUAUCUUUAAAGGAGAAAAGUUUUUUUUUUUUACUUAAGACAAAUUUUUCUUGUUCAAAGGCUAAUGCAACAAAGCUAUUAACUUAUCUUUGUGUUAUCUGUUUCAAGAAGGGACCAAAUUCACUAUAAUCCAGAGAUUGCAUUGUCCUGAGGCAGGUUAUUAAUUGUAGAAGUCUUAAGUUGGUCUACUUAUCCUAAUACCGAGCUUACUGUACUUAAAGCUUCUAACUUUUGAAGGGAGAAAAGAAUAAAAUUUGCUACUGGUGACCUAGCUGCUGUCAUCAAUGUUAGUCUUCCUCUGGAGUCUACAUUCUAACGAAUGUAGGCGACAUUCAAUUCAUAUGGGCCAUUCAUCCAAACUUCACAGUGUAUUGGUUCUCACUAUAUGAUUGAUAGUAUUCAAUACUAUGGGCAGAAUUUUUGCUGUAAAGACACGUUGUUUUUCUGCAACACAUCGAAUGAUUUUAUCUGCAAUAAUCAGCAAUAACUGUUGCAGUAGCAAUAAAUGAAUACUGUGUCCUUCUUAAAUAGCUCUCUUGCAUUGAGUCUCUUUUAUUUUUCUUGUUAUGUGAUUUUGAAUAGUACAAAAAUUCACAAUUGAAAAUCAGAGAAAAGGGGGGGGGGUUCAAAUUGAGAUUAUUUAAUUGGCUGUUGACUAAUCUGAAGAAAGUUUAAAUAAAAAUAAUAAAAAAAGUGCUUUUUUGUAAAUAAGCUUAUCUUAUAAAUGAAAUGCAGUAUUUGGAAGAAGUAUGUGCUGUGAUAAGAUGAAUGAUGCUUAAAACAUACUUUUUUAUUUCUCUGUUCCUGGGAUUUAUUUAUGUGUACUAUUUUUGUUCUACAAAAUUUAUUCAGUGUUUUUUUUUAUCAGGGUUUUAUUGUUUUUAAAUGCUUGGUUUCUUUUGUGUUAUGUUUUUUAUUAAUUUUAUCUAAAGACUUGUAAAACUUUUAAAGUAUAUAAAUUGAGUUUAUAUUUAAAAAGAUACGAGCUGUGGUUAAAUGGCAGUGAAAAUAUUGUAUAGUAAAAAUAUAGAAAAAUUAUUUAAUGUGUCAGAAAUUUAUUGAUUGUACCUGAGUUUACUUUCAAUGCAAAUUAUUGAAAAGUUGUGUAUAGCAUAUUUUAAAAAAAAAAAAAAAAGAAUUUUUUUUUUUUGGUGCUGCUACGAUUGAGAAUUUUUAUUCUAUGGUAUAUUAUAUAUAGUACAGGGAUGUGCAACCUAUGGGUCUAAAAGAGCCUUUGAUUCCUUUUCACUUGGCCCCUGAACUAUCUUACCAAUAAAAAUGUGGAAUGUUCGCGUAAAAAAAAAAUCUUUUCAAGAGAGAUCAGAAAGGAUAUAAGCCAUCUUUUAAAGCAAAUUAGUAAGUUUUGUUAUAACUUAUCACGUAGCUGUCAACUUUACUGGAUUUUGCCAGUUUCUACUGAUUUGAUAAAAAUUCUCCUUGAUUUUGUACGUUUUAGAGAAUUCCCUAAAAUUGAGUAAGUUUCCUUAAAAAAAAAAAAAGACCCUUCUGAAAAAGAAUUUUUGUGCCGAUCAUUAUUGCAGGCGUGAAUAUUUAAAUAAGUGUCGCUAAUGCAUAAUAAAGCGAGCCUCAUUUAUAAAAUUUAGUUAACCACUUUUGAUCAAUUAGAUGCCUAUUACGUUUCAAAAUUAUAAAUAAACAGCGUUUCAAGAUCAUUUAAAGUGAAAUCAUAACUGAAAAAUAUUGCAGCUUUUCUGUUUCGAUUACUAUACUUAUCCCAAAUAUCCCCUAUGUGUAAAAUAUUAAGUAUAUUUUGCAACAAUUAUGAAAUUUAUAUUUCGUCAGAUAUAGGUUUUUUUUUUUCUAUCCGUGUUGAUAGAUGUCAUAAUUUUUUUAUGUAAUGUAACUAAUUUGAUUAGAUUUACUUUAAAUUAAUUUUAUCAUCUGCAUUCAAGUGCUAUGUGUAGUCAGUACUUUCUAAUGUGUUCAGGAUUUACAGCUUCAGAUUUUGCUGGCCCUUCUCUAAUUGUCUAAAUCUAAAAUGUGGUUGUGCAUCCCUGGGUAUAGUGAGAGAUGAGUGUUGUUUAUUUGUGACACUUUUGCCACUCGCACAUCAUUUUUAAAUGUGUUGCAUCGAUUUAAAUAAAAAGAAGCCACCUACAAAGUAAAUUUUUAUCUGUAUGAAUGUUGUAUGCGCUUGUAUUUCUCUGUGUUUUAAAAAGAAUCAUCAUUUGGCACAACUCUCUUUUGAUCUGCUCAAAAAAAAGUGUUCAUCUGUGUAAAAAAAAAGAGGGUUGUAAUCUCUGUUUGUAGUGUUGUGAACACAAACAUUUUAACAAGAUAUUUACGUAACCAAAUGUUCCAUGCUCUUUCAAGUAAUUAAUUCCCAGCAUAAUAUAUUUUAUUAUUAAAGUUUUUAAAUGUAUUGUGAACAAAUCUAUUUUCGAUUUUUCUGAUAAAUAAUGACAAAGGAAUUCAUCCAGCAACAAACCAAAUGUGCAGAAUCUCCAGUUUACACUCAUAAAAAUACUGGGGAUGUGCACGUGUGAUUUACGUACUUAAAUGUUACAAAUCAUUUGUUUUUUUCUUUUCCUUGUCGACGUUUGCUAAUGGAUUUAUUUUUGACAUUUUUCUCUCAAAGUGUUUCAAUAGUAAUAAAAGUUAAAAUGAAAAGUUUAUAAUGUGUAACAUGUGCUUUGGUUCCACGUUAUUUAGUUAUUUGGGAUAUAUUUUAUAUAAAUAUAUAUGAAUAUAUAUAUAUUUUGCCAAAGAGUAUACAGUGUUUUGAGUAAAAUCCAAUAACGACCAUUUAUAUAGUAAAGGAUAUGCCAGUUUUUAUGAAUUGUAUUUCAAUAUCUUAAAUCUUUCAAUUAAAAAUACUCAUAUUUUAA